UCUCACCAUUAUUUCCUUUCUCUCAUUUUGGCUUACCCAAUUCGUCCCCAAAGUUCUCCAUCCCUUGCAUCAAUCUCGAUUUUGAUCGGCUUUCCCAAUUCAUUUUCGAUUGGAGACUGUCGGCAGAUUCGAGGUAUGAGAAAGGUUUUCGACUUGCAAUUGUUCGUUUUCUUGAUAAUUUUCCCCUCGCGCUUUCUUAGCAUCUGAUAUUUGGAUCAUUUGGCGCAAAAUAGAUCGAGGUUCCUUCGAACUAUUUCCUUCUCUUGCAUCCAGUUUUGAUCUGGGGGAGUUCAAUUAGAGUCUCCUUAUCUCAAUCGGUACCCUCGCAAUCAUGUCUUCCUCAUGCGUCUUUUCUUCAAUUGGCAUGCGGUUUUCACGAUAGGGUUUCCAUUGGGGUUUCCUUAUCUGUGGAUUCAUAUUCUCCCUAAGGCAUGAUUCUUUCUUUUUCGUGGAGCAAAAGACAGGAACUCUGUCUCUGCGUCCGUAGGAGAAAUCAAAACCCUAUGCGUAGUUGAUAGUUCUAUUUCCUCAUUUAUUUUCCUUAUUGGAUUCAUGACUGCGACAGAUUUGACUUCACGAUGCUUCUUAUAUUAGUCGUUUUCUAACGAAAUCUUAAAGGUUGCAGCUUUUGGUUUCAAAGUUACUUGAUUUUUACUGAGUACUUCAAGAGCGUGCUACCAUGGAUAAGCGAAAGGAGACGGAUCUGUUUGUAAACGAUGGACAUUUCAUGGAAAGGGUUAAGCAACUCCAGAAAGAGAAAGGAACUGCGGCAGCAGCCACUGAUCAGCCUAAACCCACUACUUCUGCCAGCCCUUCUGUUGCUUUGAAGCCAACAAUGAUGGUUAGCAAAAGGCCAUUGGAGGUUAAAUUCAAUGAUACCAAGAAGGGCGACUCUCAGUCUUCUGGUGGCAAGCUUGCUUUUAGCUUGAAGCAGAAGACAAAAGUUGCAGCAGCACCAGUUAAGUUUAUUACUGAUGAGGACGAAGAAACUGAAGAAAGGGUAUUUGGAGAAGAACAGUUUAAGCGUCAGAAGUUGGGUCAGGGUGAUAUUCAUCAUUCAUCAUCACAACGGGAGGAUGUUGCACCGUCUUCUCCUAGCGAUUCAGCUGUCAAGAAAGUUGCAGAUAAGCUUGCAAGUUUUGUUGCAAAAAAUGGAAGACAAUUCGAGCAUGUCACACGCCAAAGGAAUCCUGGAGACACACCUUUCAAGUUUUUGUUUGAUUCUAACUGUUCUGAUUACAAAUACUAUGAGCAUAGACUCCUUGAAGAGGAAAAGGCUCUAGCACAAUUGAAGGAGGCCAAGACAUCAAAUUCUGGUUUUACUUCUGCAGACAACAGAAGCAUCUCAACUUCCAGAACAUCAACUGGUUCUCAAAAAAGCACUUUCCAACAGCAUCUGAAUUACCAAACACCUGCUUCAGCUUUAUAUGGAUCUUAUGAGGAGUCUAGCUCUUCUGCAAGCUUCGAAUCUGGCGGAGCUUCAGCUGCAGAUCCUAUUGCUAAGAUGGAGUUUUACAUGAAGAAAGCUGCACAAGAGGAAAGAAUGAGGCAGCCAAAGCAAUCUAAGGAUGAAAUGCCACCACCGGCGUCUCUUCAAGCUCCUAAAAAGGGUCAUCACAUGGGCGACUUCAUUCCACAAAAUGAAUUGGACAAGUUUUUGUCUUCUUGUAAUGAUGCGGCUGCACAAAAAGCUGCUAAAGAAGCUGCAGAAAAAGCUAAAAUUCAGGCUGACAAUAUUGGUCAUAGACUUCUAUCUCGAAUGGGUUGGAAAGAAGGUGAGGGUCUAGGCAGUGACAAACGUGGCCGUUCAGAACCAGUUAUGGCAGGAGAAGUGAAGAAGGACCAUUUAGGUGUUGGUGCUGAAAGACCUGGUGAAGUCAAUCCCGAGGAUGAUAUUUAUGAGCAGUAUAAGAAACGAAUGAUGCUUGGUUAUCGUUACAGACCAAACCCAAUGAACAAUCCACGAAAACAAUACUACUAGGUGGACAACAGGUGGUUAAUGCUGAGUGUGCCUGAAGAGCUUGGACCUUAUGCACAACCGUAGGGACUUCAUCAAAAUUCUUUGCACUGAUCUAUCUGCUGAGUUCAUCAAGUGUUUUAACAUGAACUUAAGUUGUGUCUUGUCAAGGGGAAAGAAGGAUGAAACAGAAGUUUCAAGUACUGUUUCUUUUUGUUGAAUGAACUUUGAUAUGUCCACAGCUCAAUGCAUCCAUCUUGAUGCUGGAGAAUUUAUCAUUCGAUAACAUCUUAUUAGUUUACUAAUUUUGUCUGUGUUUUUCUUUGUAAUCAGUUAGUUUUGUUGAAGAUGUGUCAAUUGCCCAAUGCAAAAUUGUUCUUUGUUUGAUCA